CUAUAAACAAAAAGUAACUCAAUUUCCAUCCGCCAUGUCUGGCCUUUCACUCGCCCAACAGCUCAAGCAGCUCCAUUCAAACAAUGUAUCUGUCCCAGAUCCCGAAAGCGCCUACUCCAACCUCGACUCACACGAUAUCCAGCGAAAAGGCGAUGAGGGACGAGAACAUUAUGUUGACGUGGGACCAUCUAGACUGAGGAUGGAGCUUGGAGGCACCGGUGGUGGGACUUUGACUGGACCAAAGUACGAAGGUGUGAAGACUGGAAGGAUGAAGAUUUUCGACGACGACGAUGACGAUGAUGAUGAUAGAGAGGGAAAUGGAAGUGAAGAGGGUAGCGAUGGUGAGGGAGAUGAAGAUGAGGAUGGGGAUGAAGAUGACGAAGAUGAAGAGGACGAAGAUGAGGAUGAAGAGGAAAGUGAUGAAGACGAGCAAGGUGAGGAUGAAGACGAAGAUGAGGAAGAGCAGCCCCAACCUCGAGCCAACGGCUCAAAGCAAGCGCUCGAUCCCGUCGCUUCUCUCAGAAAUUCUCGUCUUAAAGAUGUUGAAAAGGGCCAAGCCAUCCGAAAGCAAAAGGCUCUCUUUGAAUCCCUCAUCACCCUCCGUAUCACGUUCCAGAAAGCCCUCACUGCUUCCAACACCGUCCCCCCCACCCUUCCCGAAGACCCGGAAAACGAACUUGCUUAUAAAAAGGCUUCCAUCCUCAAGAGUCUCGGUGAACUCAAUGAACGUCUUUUUACUUUGAGAGAAUCUAUCAGUUUGCCGGGCGAAUUAGGAGAGGACGUUUCGCUCGGCAAGAGAAAAAGGGCCGAGGGUGAUGAUGCUCAAGGGCAAGCAUAUUGGAUAAAAGCUGCCAAGGAGUCAUUGGGUAUUGCGGACAGAUCCCAUCCCCAACUCUUACCCAUCCUCAAUAAAUGGUCUAGCAAAAUUCAAGCGGCUUCCUUGCAGCUCGGCUCAAAACAAGCAGGUGGAAGCAAGUUCCUUCAACAGAUGAAGAACGGUGCUGGCGGCGUUGUCGAAGCUAUCGAAUCUGGUAUCAACAGCAAGCGCGAGGCCGAAAAGACAUUGAUGGAGAGUGAAGAGACUGGAUAUCGAGCUCUGCUUCGUGAAGUUAUCGAAUCUCGAUCUGGUUCUGGUCCUGCUGCCGACUUGACUCACUUGAGAAGAGAAAAGAAGAAGAAGCGAGAGGCUGAGCGUGGAGGUAGUAAAGGAAGGAAGCUUCGUUAUACUGUGCAUGAGAAAGCGCAAAACUUUGUUGUCCCCAUUCCCCUUUCUCAUGGGUGGCACGAGGAGCAAGUGGAUGAGCUGUUUUCAAGUCUGUUUGGUGGUGUAGGCAUGAAGGGUGCAACAGCUGAAAAGACUGUGGGAUUGGAUGUCGGCACUGCUGAUGAGGGACUGGCGGAGCUUGGUGGCUUAAGGGUAUUCUAGAUAUGUAGAUGUGGAUGUGUACAUCUCUGGACUGUGUAUUGUAUUUGAUUAUAAAUCCAUAUUCAGGUACCCGA